CGCAAUUAGGGCCUGGCCUAGCUCGGCCUGGUUUAGGCGUCGUGUCCGUCCAUCUCCGCCUCCCCACCCGCCUCUUUCAGUUCGAUUCAUUUUGCCUGAACUCUCUCGGGGACGGGGCUUCCCUGCCGGACGCAAUUUAAAACCAACGGAAUGUUUCUUCAGACGUAUUGCGCGGUGAAGAAGGACUUAGCAAGGAGGGUGAAUGCUGGAUGGAAUCUUGAUGUGAUCAAAGCUCCUCCAGUUUUGAAGACCUCAGCUGGAAUGCCAUAAGGGCUCUAAGCUUUUCCACCUAUUGAACAAUAUACAUGCUGCUGUUAUAUCUUGUUCAACAAAGACAACAAUGCAAAAUAGAUUGAAUACUAAACAACAGUGACUAUGAGUGGCGAUACCAACCAGGAGGUAGUAACUUCCCCUCCCUUGCCCAGCGAGAUUCAUAAAGGGUGCUAUUUUGACCGCAUCAAUGAAAAUGACCCUGAAUAUAUUCGCGAGAGAAACAUGUCACCAGAUUUGAGACAGGAUUUCAACCUGAUGGAACAAAGGAAGCGUGUUUCUCAAAUACUGCAAAGCCCUGCCUUCAGAGAUGAGCUUGAAUUCCUUAUUCAAGAACAGAUGAAAAAGGGUAAUAACCCUGCUGGUCUGCUUGCCCUACGCCAAAUAGCUGAUUUUGUAAUGGCAAGCUCUGUUUCAGCUUUUCCCACAGCACAAUUUAAUCUGGGUAUAGCCACACCAAUCAAUGACCUACGUGGCAUUGAGUCUGCUACUUUUGUGAAAGGAGAAAAGUUGACACGUUGUAAAGUUGCAAGCCUUUAUCGAAUGGUGGAUCUCUUUGGAUGGGCACAUUUGACCAAUGCUUGCAUAACAGUAAGAGUGAGCAAAGAACAGGAACAUUUUCUCAUUAUUCCCAAGGGCCUUUCAUAUGCUGAGGCCACAGCUUCCAAUCUUAUGAAAGUUAACAUACUGGGCGAAGUAGUGGACCAGGGAAGCACUAAUUUAAGAAUUAACCAAGCAUCGUUCAGUCCCCAUGCUGCCAUCUAUGCAAUACGACCCGAUGUUCGAUGUGUUGUACAUAUACACACACCAGCAGCUGCUGCCGUGUCUACCAUGAAGUGUGGUAUCCUGCCAAUAUCUCAGGAAGCCAUGAUUGUGGGCAGUGUCGCAUAUUAUGACUAUCAUGGUUCACUCGAUGAAGAGAGUGACCGAAUUCAGCUUCAGAAAUGUCUAGGUGCAGCUUGCAAGGUAUUGGUUCUGAGAAACCAUGGUGUAAUGGCACUUGGUGAGACCAUAGAGGAAGCAUUUCACUACAUCUACACAGUUCAGUUGGCUUGCGAAGUCCAGGUGAGAGCCCUGGCAAGUGCAGGUAGUGUGGAUAACUUGCUUCUACUGGAUUUGGAAAAGUUCAAGCCUUACACAAAGAAAGUAGCCAUUGAGGGAGUUAAUAUGGGAGUCGCACAGAAGUGGAGAGUUGGAGAACAGGAAUUUGAAUCUAUGAUGAGAAUGUUGGACAAUUUGGGCUACAGAACUGGCUACACUUACAGGCACCCUAUUCUGAGAGAAAAGCUAAGACACAAGAGUGAGGUCGAAAUUCCCGCAACUGUCACAGCAUUUUCCUUUGAAGAUGAUGCUGUUCCAUGCUCUCCCCUUAAAUUUCUGGCACAGAAACAGCAGCGUGAAAAGACAAGAUGGCUGAACACUCCAAACACAUAUAUGAAGGUCAAUGUCCCAGAGGAUUCUCCAGCAGGCGACUGCAGCCCUAGGUCAAAAAUCACAUGGAAAAAGACAGACAAUACGUCAAAACAAAGUAGUGGAACACCAAUCAAGAUAGAAGAUCCUAAUCAGUUUGUUCCAUUAAAUACAGAUCCCCGGGAGGUCCAUGACAGAAGAAACAAGAUUCGUGAGCAGAAUCGAUAUGACAUGAAGACUGCUGGGCCACAGUCUCAAUUGCUGGCUGGUAUUGUUGUAGAGAAGAAAAGUGCCCCGCUGGAAAUUAAAGAACUGGAAGAUCAGUUACCACCAGGACCGCCAAACCCAUUCAGUUACCUGAAUGAGUGUGAAUUGGAGGAAUACAAAAGGAUAAUUGAACGGAAGCAACAAGGAUUGGAUGAUACUGAACAGGAACUAACAUCAGAUGAUGGUUCUGCAUUAUCACCACCUCAAUCCCCACAAGGCAUACCAGCAAAAUUAGAAGAAAACAAUGUGCCAGCAGUGGUGGUGAAUGGAGGAAAGGAAGAUGGACAAGCUUUAACAGAAGAUGUGACAAAACGUAUCAGCCAAUUAACAACCAGCACUGUGGAAAGUGUGGAAAUUACCAUCAACACAACAGAAAAGAUAGAUCUGAAUGUCAGUGACACCCUUUCACCUGAAGGGUCUCCUUCAAAAUCACCCUCCAAGAAGAAAAAGAAAUUCCGUACACCAUCAUUUCUGAAAAAGAACAAAAAGAAGGAAAAGGUGGAAGCCUAAUUUGUAUGCAGGGAUGCUGCACAAAUGAAAAUGCUGGUCGGAUAUGUCAGUUUUGUAUGCUUGAUAUUGACAUGUCCCUCAGCUAAAUGUGCUAAAUGUCAGUUAACUGUGCACUGACCUAGAAUACAAGAAAAGGCCAAAUCUAUAUAGGGGGUAUUAAUAUGACAUCAAAACAUUUUAUUGCAAGUUUGUUUAGUAAUUAACUUUUUGCCAAAAGUAAAUCACGUUCUAGUGAAUUCUAGACUUGGAACAGUUAUACUGUGGAAUUCAUUUUGAUCUUUUUUAAAAACUCAUCUCAUUAUAUCCGCCAAAAUGUGGAAUUUUAUACAUUUAAACACAGAUGAUUUAAUCCAUUGCUGACAAAUUUCUAUAUUAAAUUUUUAAUACUAUGAAAUAACUGUUACUAGCAUGCAAUACAAGGGUCUAAAGACAGAAUAAAGAAUGCCUGACUCUAGUAUACUCAAGUUGUAUCAGGCAUGUCAUAGUUUUUAUAUUAGUGGACUAGAUGAAACAAAACUGGAGUCAUGUCAGUAGUGUUUUUUUUAAUGCUUUACUGCACUUUUUGGUGAUACAUAACUUACUAGCAAUUUAAAUCCUAAGUGAAUCCGUGAGGUAACUAAAUGAAGGAGAAAUGAUGCUACCAAAAAGGAAAUGGCAAGGUGUGCAACAAGAAUAACUUUUGGGGAAAGGAUUGAGAUUCUAACAAAGUGGUAUUACGGCAGUUGACUUUUUUGGGGGGGAGUGGAAAUGUGGCUCAAUUUGUAGAGACAUUAAAAGGGAAAACGGCAUGAAAAUAACAUUUUAGAUGCAUGAUCUAAAAUUAAGCUAGAUCAUAACACCAAAACCAAUGGCUGCAUGUUCCAAGUGACCCAACUAUUUUAAUUGCUCUAUUUUUUUUAAUCCCCUUGCUGUCUCCUAUUUUAAGCCCCCGAGAAGUCUGAUGAUAUGAAAUAAAAUGCCUGUUUUGGAAGAAUGGCACUAUAUCUUGGCUAUACCUUAUGGUACUUGAUUUUGUUAGCCAGUAGGUGUAACCUGCUUUCUUGGCAUUCCCACUGAUUCACCUAUGAGUUGGUUAAUACUUAGACCUCUGAAGAAAUCUGUGCCCCAUAAAGUUGGUUUCCCGAGUUUAAGACUGAUAUGAAAACAGUUGGCUCUGUGUCUGAUUUUCAGUGAAUUUAGCCUGUAGGAUAUUAGUUACUUACACAGAUUUUUGAAUCAAUAUUUUGCAAAUAUCAUGUUUUUUUGAACAAACAGCAGCAAUCAAGAGAAUUUCCUUUAAACUAUAUUUUAUAUGUUCUCUUGUAAUGGGUUUGCCAUAAAAUUAUUUCUAAUGUAUUAUGGAAUGUGCAGAUAAGGCUUUUAUCUUGUUGAAAGACAAAUGAUCAAUCAUGGGUGCAUUCAAACUGCAAUUUAAGUUGCGAUCACAAAUUUGCUGUGUACUGUUCACUUUCUCCUCCUUUGGUGUGGACAUUUAUGCUACUGCUAACAAAACGAUGAAAGUGAGGAAAAGGCAUUUUUUAGUCUGAUUAGAUGUUUCAGAAUACAAGGUAUUUUUGUAAGCGUCAAAACUAUAAAAUAGUUUCUCCAUUUUUUGCACCCCUAUGUUUUUACAGGAGAAAGACCAAGACUUCUGUUGCUAAUAUUUUUACAAAUAGUUAUCUUUUCAUGGCAACUGCCAACAAAAGAUGAGUAAAUUUAAAGAAAUGUUUGAUUCACAAGUUACAAUGAGAGAAAGCCACUACACGAGCUGUCAAAAAGAAUAGAUAAAUUAAACCACUAGCAUUGGGGUCUGUGAUCAGAAUCCCAAUUAGUAAUGUGAAUGGAAGUUUGACUCUGAAUUUAAUGUAUGUUGAUAAAUGGAAUUGAAGUAGUUGCAAGAUUUGAGGAGAUGGGGAUUGGGCUACAGCAACGCAUCUCUGAAAGGGAACAACAUGUCAACACUAAAGAAUUACUGGAAAGAUUAAUAAUUAAACUUUAGCUUUAAGAAUUGAAUUUUUUUAAUUAACUGUUUAAGUAGUGAUUAUCCAAGCUAUGUGCUUUUGGUAACUUUUCUGUUGGGGGGAAUUACUGUCUAUAUAAUUCAUGCAGCUAUACAUUACUUUACUUUAAAUUGAGUUAAUUCAUCUGGUUAGCACCAUAAACACGUGCAACAACCCAUUGUCCUGUGGAAAAUGCUUAACAAAGUUGCUUUUAAUUGUGUAGCAAAUCAAUGUAAAAUCCACAAAUAAACAGUAUUUUUUUGAUGUGGAAAUUCAGUUCCCAUUUUAGACAUCUAUCAUUUGCAUUGUGUACUAGAUAUUUUCCAAUAACCUUAUUAUCCAAUUAAGCCCUAAUUAUUUGAUAUGGUGUCCUUUUAAAUUAUAUUCUGACAAAUUCCAUUGCUUUCUUAUAUUUUUGAAAUUCUAUAAAGCAUCCAAAUCUUUGGAGCAUUUCAAAGUCUGGAAUCUGCUUAUUGAAGAAUGUAAAAUAAAUGGCACUCUGUAUAGUAGCUUACUUGCUUUAUGAAAAAUUAAAUACCUACAUAUAUAAAGACACCAAAAAUUGUCUUAUCUUUGCUUAUUACA